AUGUCAGAAGAGCGCGGCCGCAGCGCUUAUAGACCCAACAGCAAUGGGUUGUCGGCCUAUUACAGAGAGCGAUUCGGAAGUCAUUCGCCAGAAGAAUAUUUAAAUCUGCGUAUCUCCGGAUUUGAUGAUCGAUUGGAGCGCGAUGAAAUCAAAUCAAAAUUAACUCACGAGUUUCGUAAAUUCGCUCCGUUUGAGAUAAAAGUCGUGCGAAAUCCUGACGAAAAUGAGCGUUUGGCUUAUGUAAAUUUUGAGCGAAAUGAAUGUGCUCGCAAAAUUCGCUAUAAUAAUAUGGAUCGUCUUCGCGAAGUGUUCGGUCGACACGUUCAAUGCGAUCCCGCAGGAAUUUUACGCGAUCAAGAGGGAAAAUACAUUCCGGACAGAUUCAAUCGAGCGCAACAAAAUGAAAGAGCUCGUCCUGACACAUCGCGACGUCAACAAAAGGAACCAUCGACGUGGCGAUUGAAACAAGACGACAGCGAUGCUACUCGAACACUUUUUGUUGGAAACCUUCCGUGUGAAGUGAAAGAGCGCGAACUUCGUCAUGUGUUCGAGAAUUAUGGAAAAAUUGAAGAUAUUGACAUAAAAACUCCCCUGAGUGCCGACGCAUCCUAUGCAUUUGUGAUGUUCCAGACGGUAAAUCAAGCAAUAGAAGCAAAACACAAUGAGCAAGACAGGACAAUUCGAGCUGGGGGUCCCAGAAUGAAAAUUGGUUAUGGAAAGAGUCAGAUAUCGCGUCGUCUCUGGGUUGGAGGUUUGGGUUCAUGGUGUGAUCGAAGUCUUCUCAAUAAGGAAUUUGAUCGUUACGGAUUGAUUGAAAGCAUCGAAUAUACGCCAAAUGAUGAAUUCGCCUACAUCACAUUUGAAGAUACCCACGCAGCGCAGGAUGCUUGCAGGGCAAUGAAAGGCUUUGCAUUAGGCGGCCGCGAUAAGUGUAUAAUGGUCGAUUUUGCAAAGGAUCCAUCUGCACCGACGGAAAAAGCUUCAUUCCUAAGGAAAAGACGUGCUUCCAAAUCGCCGGUUAAUAGUGGCGGCCCAAGAACACCACCAGGUUCGCCGAAAGAAGUGGUACGAAAUUUUGAAGAACUCGAUGGAGUUUAUGCAUCGACGUGGAGUGGGAAGAUGAUCCUCAAGAAAACGGAAUAUGCUGUAAAAUUUUAUCGUGUUUAUGGUACAGAGCGUCUGGUAGUUAAAUUACUUCGUGAUGAAAACGACGACCCAUUGAAAUUGGCCAUUACUCAAAGGCUUGGUCUCGUUGCCCAACAAGCGUUGUUUGAAAAAUUGUUAACUUGUAAUUCAAAAGAAUUGAGUCUUGGAAUAAUAACGGCAAAGAAAGAUCUCGAAGAAUUGAUGCCACUGAUUAAUUACUUUAUUAACAAAGAUGCCGCCGGCGUUGUUACAGUUCCCGGCGGAGUUCUUUAUUUAUUUCCGUACUGUGAUUUCAACUUGAAGCUAAUCAAUGAAUUCGCACCGAAUAUACGCGUUUUCAAUUCGGACACUUCGCCAUUUUUGCUUGGAGCACUUGCUCUUCGUAGUACGUCGAAUACAACACCCGAUGGACGAUAA